CCUGUGAGAAGGCACGUUCACUAGAGAAAAAGACUAGAAGGUGCUCCUCAAACCAACAGAGAGGAAUGUGUGUUCACCCAUCCCAAGAGCUUGCUCCCAACAAAGCGGGAAUCACAUUUAUAGACUGGAGGUGGCUUGACAUUUAGUUCAGGCAAUGUACAUGGUGCACAUGGUUUACACGUUCAUCUGCUAGCAGAAAGGUUGGAGGUUUGAGUCAAUCCAGAGGUGCCUCAGAAGAAGGCCUUGGUGAUCUACUUCCAAAAAAUCAGCCAUCAGAAGUCCUAUGCAACACAGUUCUAUUCUGACACACAUGGGGUUGCCAUAAGUCAGAGCUGACUUGACAACAACUGGUAUUGGUAUGUCCAUGGUAGUGGGGGCAUCUCACCUAAGGUUGGAAGUAUUUUCUCACCCUAACCUGUCUUCUCCCCUCUUGAGAGCAGGACCUUGUGGAGCAAUGUUACCUCUCUUUGAUCUCUAUGUUUUGAAAGUAGCGGAGCAAGGACUUAAUGAUGGGGAAUCAUUCUAGUGCCAUGGAAUUCUUCCUUCUAGGCUUUCGUGGGUCCUCAAAACUACACCUUAUCCUUUUUACUAUAUUCUUCUUCUUCUACUCAGUAACAGUACUGGGAAACUUGGUCAUCAUCAUGAUUGUCUGUGUCGAUAAGCGUCUGCAGUCCCCCAUGUAUUUCUUCCUCAUCCACCUCUCUGUCCUGGAGACCCUAACCACAACCAUUGUUGUUCCCGUGUUGCUCUGGGGGCUGCUGCAACCUGGGAUCCAGACAAUAUCACUGGCUGCCUGUGUUACUCAGCUUUUCUUGUACCUUUCUCUGGGGACUACAGAGUUUGCAUUACUGGGAGCAAUGGCUGUGGACCGUUAUGUGGCUGUCUGUAACCCUUUGAGGUACAACAUCAUCAUGAACAGCCACACCUGCACCUGGGUAGUGAGUGCAUGCUGGGUGUUUGGGUUCCUUUCUGAAAUCUGGCCAGUCUAUGCCACAUUUCAGUUUACCUUCUGCAAAUCCAACGUGUUAGACCAUUUUUUCUGUGACAGAGGACAAUUGCUUAGACUGUCUUGCGAUGACACCCUCUUCACAGAGUUCAUCCUCUUCUUAAUGGCUGUUUUCAUUAUCAUUGGCUCUUUGAUCCCUACAAUUGUCUCCUACACCUACAUCAUCUCCACCAUCCUCAAGAUCCCCUCAGCCUCUGGCCGGAGGAAAGCCUUCUCCACCUGCGCCUCCCACUUCACCUUUGUCAUCAUUGGCUAUGGUACUUGCUUCUUCCUCUACGUGAAACCUAAGCAAACACAGGCAGCUGAGUACAACAAGAUUGUUUCCCUGCUGAUCUCUGUGGUGACCCCUUUCCUGAACCCUUUCAUCUUCACUCUCCGGAAUGACAAAUUCAAGGAGGCCCUUGGAGAUGGGGUAAAACGCUGCUGUCAAUUCCUCAAAGACUAGCUCUUCUCUGAGUCAGUUGCAGAUGG